GUCGCCCGUCAUCUCUCGGGCCGGGCUACAGGUCUCCGCUCGCUUCCAGUCAGGGGUCGACAGCUGCAGGCGUUAGUCUCCCUUAAGAUGGCGGACGAGGAGACCGACGGUGAGGAGAGGAUGGAAGUCAGCACCGAGGUGCCCCAGACCCCUCAGCGGCUGGCAUCCUGGUGGGAUCAACAAGUUGAUUUUUAUACUGCUUUCCUGCAUCAUUUAGCACAAUUGGUGCCAGAAAUUUAUUUUGCUGAGAUGGACCCAGACUUGGAAAAGCAAGAAGAGAAUGUGCAAAUGUCAAUAUUCACUCCACUAGAAUGGUACUUAUUUGGAGAAGAUCCAGAUAUUUGUUUAGAGAAAUUAAAGCAUAGCGGCGCAUUCCAACUCUGUGGGAAGGUUUUCAAAAGUGGAGAGACAACAUAUUCUUGUAGGGACUGUGCAAUUGAUCCAACAUGUGUACUGUGUAUGGACUGCUUCCAGAAUAGUGUUCAUAAAAAUCAUCGAUACAAGAUGCAUACUUCUACUGGAGGAGGGUUUUGUGACUGUGGAGACACAGAGGCGUGGAAAACUGGCCCUUUUUGCUUAAGUCAUGAGCCUGGAAGAGCAAGUAUUACAAAAGAGAAUCCACGUUGUCCAUUGAAUGAAGAGGUAAUUGCUCAAGCCAGGAAAAUAUUCCCUUCAGUGAUAAAAUACAUUGUAGAAAUGACUAUAUGGGAAGAAGAAAAGGAAUUGCCUCCUGAACUGCAGAUAAGGGAGAAAAAUGAAAGAUACUACUGUGUCCUUUUCAAUGAUGAGCAUCAUUCCUAUGACCAUGUCAUAUACAGUCUACAAAGAGCUCUUGACUGUGAACUUGCGGAGGCCCAGUUGCACACCACUGCCAUAGACAAAGAGGGUCGUCGGGCAGUUAAAGCAGGUGCUUAUGCCUCUUGCCAAGAAGCAAAGGAAGACAUAAAGAGUCACUCAGAAAAUGUCUCUCAACAUCCGCUUCACGUAGAAGUAUUACACUCUGAGGUUAUGGCUCAUCAGAAAUUUGCUUUGCGUCUUGGUUCCUGGAUGAACAAAAUUAUGAGCUAUUCAAGUGAAUUUAGGCAGAUCUUUUGCCAUGCCUGCCUUAGAGAAGAACAUGGCUCUGAGAAUCCCUGUCUCAUAAGCAGGUUAAUGCUCUGGGAUGCAAAGCUUUAUAAAGGUGCCCGGAAGAUCCUUCAUGAAUUGAUCUUCAGCAGUUUUUUUAUGGAGAUGGAAUACAAAAAACUCUUUGCCAUGGAAUUUGUGAAGUAUUAUAAGCAACUGCAGAAGGAGUACAUCAGUGAUGAUCAUGACAGGAGUAUCUCUAUAACUGCACUGUCAGUUCAGAUGUUUACUGUUCCUACUCUGGCUCGACAUCUUAUUGAAGAACAGAAUGUUAUUUCUGUCAUUACUGAAACUCUGCUGGAAGUUUUACCUGAAUACUUGGACAGGAACAAUAAAUUCAACUUCCAGGGUUAUAGCCAAGACAAACUGGGAAGAGUAUAUGCAGUAAUAUGUGACCUAAAGUAUAUCCUGAUCAGCAAACCCACAAUAUGGACAGAAAAAUUAAGAAUGCAGUUCCUGGAAGGAUUUCGAUCUUUUUUGAAGAUUCUUACCUGUAUGCAGGGAAUGGAAGAAAUCAGACGACAGAUCGGGCAGCACAUAGAAGUGGACCCUGACUGGGAGGCUGCUAUUGCUAUACAGAUGCAAUUAAAGAACAUUUUACUCAUGUUUCAGGAGUGGUGUGCUUGUGAUGAAGAACUCUUACUAGUGGCUUAUAAGGAAUGCCACAAAGCUGUGAUGAGGUGCAGUACAAAUUUCUUAUCUAGCAGCAAGACAGUAGUACAAUUGUGUGGUCAUACUCUGGAAACCAAGUCCUACAGAGUGUCUGAGGAUCUUGUGAGCAUACAUCUGCCACUUUCUAGGACUCUUGCUGGUCUUCAUGUGCGCUUAAGCCGGCUAGGUGCUGUUUCAAGACUGCAUGAAUUUGUGCCUUUUGAGGACUUUCAAGUAGAGAUACUAGUGGAAUAUCCUCUGCGUUGUCUGGUGUUGGUCGCCCAAGUUGUUGCUGAGAUGUGGCGAAGAAAUGGACUCUCCCUCAUUAGCCAGGUGUUUUAUUACCAAGAUGUUAAGUGCAGAGAAGAAAUGUAUGAUAAAGAUAUCAUCAUGCUUCAGAUUGGAGCAUCUUUAAUGGAUCCCAACAAGUUUUUAUUACUUAUACUUCAGAGGUAUGAACUUGCUGAUGCUUUUACCAAGACUAUUUCCACAAAAGACCAGGAUUUGAUUAAGCAGUAUAAUACUUUAAUAGAAGAAAUGCUUCAGGUCCUCAUCUACAUUGUGGGAGAGCGUUAUGUACCUGGAGUGGGAAAUGUGACCAAAGAAGAGGUCACAAUGAGGGAGAUUACUCACUUGCUGUGCAUUGAACCAAUGCCACACAGUGCUAUUGCGAAGAACUUACCUGAGAAUGAAAAUAAUGAAACUGGCUUGGAGAAUGUGAUAAACAAAGUGGCCAUAUUUAAAAAACCAGGCGUAUCAGGCCAUGGAGUUUAUGAACUGAAAGAAGAAUCAUUGAAAGACUUCAACAUGUACUUUUAUCAUUACUCCAAAACACAACAUAGCAAGGCCGAGCACAUGCAGAAGAAAAGGAGAAAACAAGAAAAUAAAGAUGAAGCACUGCCCCCACCACCACCUCCUGAGUUCUGCCCUGCUUUCAGCAAAGCCGUCAACCUUCUCAACUGUGAUAUUAUGAUGUACAUACUCAGAACCAUAUUUGAGCGGGCAAUCAACACAGAAUCUAACCUGUGGACAGAAGGGAUGCUCCAAAUGGCAUUUCAUCUUCUGGCAUUAGGCUUACUAGAAGAGCAGCAGCAGCUUCAAAAAGCUCCUGAAGAAGAAGUGACAUUUGACUUUUAUCAUAAAGCUUCAAGAUUGGGAAGUUCAGCCUUGAAUGCUCAGAAUGUACAAAUGCUUUUGGAAAAGCUCAAAGGAAUACCCCAGCUGGAAGGUCAGAAGGACAUGAUAACAUGGAUACUCCAGAUGUUUGACACAGUGAAGCGACUGAGAGAAAAAUCUUGUUUAAUGGUAGCAACUACUUCAGGAUUUGACUCCAGUAAGAAUGACGAGAUUACUCAGGAUAAAGAAAAAGCAGAACGAAAAAGAAAAGCCGAAGCUGCUAGGCUACACCGCCAGAAGAUCAUGGCUCAGAUGUCUGCCUUACAGAAAAACUUUAUCGAAACUCACAAACUAAUGUAUGACAAUACAUCAGAAAUACCUGGGAAGGAGGACUCCGUUAUGGAAGAAGAAAGCAUCCCAGCAGUCAGCGACUACUCUAGGAUUUCUUUGGGUCCUAAACGGGGGCCAACUGUUACUGAAAAGGAGGUGCUGACAUGCAUCCUCUGCCAGGAAGAACAAGAGGUGAAAAUAGAAAAUAAUGCUAUGGUAUUAUCAGCCUGCGUCCAGAAAUCCACUGCCUUGACCCAGCGCAGGGGAAAACCCCUAGACCUCUCAGUAGAAACCAUGGACCCACUCUUCAUGGAUCCAGACUUGGCCUAUGGAACUUACACAGGAAGCUGUGGGCAUGUCAUGCAUGCCGUGUGCUGGCAGAAGUAUUUUGAAGCUGUGCAGCUGAGCUCUCAGCAGCGCAUUCAUGUUGAUCUUUUUGACUUGGAGAGUGGAGAAUAUCUUUGCCCUCUUUGCAAGUCUCUGUGCAAUACUGUGAUCCCUCUUAUUCCCUUGCAACCUCAGAAGAUAAACAGUGAAAAUGCAGAAGCUCUGGCUCAACUUUUGACCUUGGCACAGUGGAUACAGACUGUUCUCGCCAGAAUAUCAGGUUAUAAUGUGAAACACACUAAAGGAGAAAGCCCAACCAUUCCUGUCUUAUUUAAUCAAGGAAUGGGCGAUUCCACUUUUGAGUUUCAUUCCAUCCUGAGUUUUGGAGUUCAGUCAUCGAUUAAGUAUUCUAAUAGUAUCAAGGAAAUGGUGGUUCUCUUUGCCACAACAAUUUAUAGAAUUGGACUGAAAGUGCCUCCUGAUGAAAUGGAUCCUCGAGUCCCUGUGAUGACCUGGAGCACAUGUGCUUUCACUAUUCAAGCAAUUGAAAACCUAUUGGAAGAUGAAGGAAAACCUCUGUUUGGAGCACUUCAAAAUAGGCAGUUCUCAGAUCUUAAAGUUAUUCUUCCAAACCUAAAAUCAGAAGAAACACCAUGCCUUUUGUCUAUAGAUCUGUUUCAUGUUUUGGUAGGUACUGUGUUAGCAUUCCCGUCCUUGUACUGGGAUGACACUGUUGAUCUGCAGCCUUCAUCAAUUAGUUCUUCCUAUAACCACCUUUAUCUCUUCCAUUUGAUCACCAUGGCACACAUGCUUCAGAUACUUCUUACAAUGGAUACAGGCCUCCCUCUGGCCCCAGUUGAAGAAGACAGUGAAGAGGCUCAUUCUGCAUCCUCUUUCCUUGCAGAAGUUUCACAAUAUACAAAUGGCUGCGUUGGGUAUAGUACUCCUGGCUGGUAUUUGUGGGUCGCAUUGAAGAAUGGCAUUACUCCUUACCUUCGCUGCGCCGCGCUCUUCUUUCACUACUUACUUGGGGUAACUCCGCCUGAAGAACUGCUUACCAAUUCUGCAGAAGGAGAGUACAGUGCAUUAUGUAGCUAUCUAUCUUUACCUACAAAUUUGUUCCUGCUUUUCCAGGAAUAUUGGGAUACUGUAAAACCUUUGCUUCAGAGGUGGUGCGCUGAUCCUAUCUUACUCAACUGUUUACAGCAGAAAAGCACUGUGGUCAGGUACCCUAGAAAAAGAAACAGUUUGAUAGAGCUUCCUGAUGACUACAGCUGCCUCCUAAAUCAAGCUUCUCAUUUCAGGUGUCCACGGUCUGCGGAUGAUGAACGAAAGCAUCCGGUUCUCUGUCUUUUCUGUGGGACCAUCCUGUGCUCUCAGAACAUUUGCUGCCAAGAAAUUGUGAAUGGGGAAGAGGUUGGAGCUUGCAUUUUUCAUGCACUUCACUGUGGAGCAGGAGUCUGCAUUUUCUUGAAAAUCAGGGAGUGCAGAGUGGUCCUGGUUGAAGGAAAAGCCCGAGGCUGUGCCUAUCCAGCCCCUUACUUGGAUGAAUAUGGAGAAACAGACCCUGGGCUAAAGAGGGGCAAUCCCCUUCAUUUAUCUCGUGAGCGAUAUCGGAAGCUCCAUCUGGUCUGGCAGCAACACUGCAUUAUAGAAGAGAUUGCCAGGAGUCAGGAAACGAACCAGAUGUUAUUUGGAUUCAACUGGCAGUUGCUGUGAGCGCCAACUCUGCCUCAAGACAAUCACGAAUGACAACAGUAAUAAAGACAGAUUUUAAAUUAUGGAGAACUUUCUGAGGGCUGGGGAAUUAUUGGAGGGUCUUUUGCUCCAUGUCCAGAUUCACGUACGUCAAUAAAAUAUUCCUUAAUGGAGUAUCACUUUCAAUUAGCAAACAUACAUUUCAAGGGAAAAAAGGACAGAUUAAUGUUUAAUGUUCUAGAACACUAAAGAAAUAAGUUUUCACCCCAAGCUAAUAUUUCCAAAAAAUGAUUCUCCUUAAUCUGUCCUAAUAUAUUUCAUUCCAUCCACCUGAUAAAUGAAGUCACAGCUAAGAAUUGUGGACAUUUUAUAUGUUGGUUAACUCAACACACAAUUUUGUAUUUGGUAUUUUCCUGAGCAUAGUUCAGCUAGCAUUGGAUCACUGAUGAUUCUGAUGUUAUAGUCUUCUUUGCAGCUAAAGGGGAAUUGCAGAAACCAUAAAAUACUUUUCAAUUUUGAAAGAUGCAUAAAAGUAAACGUAAUUCACUUUUAAGGAAAUAUCUGUAAAGCAUCACCUACUGCUUUAGCCAGAAAUUGAUCUAAAUAUCUUUAUGGAAAGAUUGUUAAUUCUGUGGUGUGAGAGUUUUUUUCCCACUGUGGACCUCAAAAAAUAAGAACAUUCAUCUUUCAUUCCUGAUGGCACAAAGACUAUAUAAUCCUCCCCUGUAUCUACAAAUGACUUGGUUGAGUUUCAAGUUGUAUUUUCAAUUUCUAAAAGCAAGUAUCUAAAGUGAGAUCUCUGACUUUCAGAAACCUGUAGCCAUUCUGAUAUGAACUACUUAUAGAAUAAGAAAUUUUCCCCAAAUUUUCCCCAAUUAGUAGAACAUAACUGUAAAUUGUAUGACGCCAGUUCUGCAACCUUCUAUGUCUUUGUGUAAACUUUUCAUAAACUCCAAUUUUAUGACUACUAUAAACCACCAAAAAAGCCAUGUGAUCAGUAGUCUAUGUCCAGUUACCUUGCUGUGGUUGAGCCAUUUUGUUUAUAAAUAGUAGUGCUCUCCUGAGUCUAUGACUUCUUGGUUCUUGAUUUUGACUUUUUGUAUCAAGACAUGUGUCAUAAUAGCAGACAAAAGAAAAACUGGACCCCUCCUUUUUACCUUCCAAUGUCUUGGGUAAUGUUAAAAGACUUUGAAAGAUACAAAGAUUGCCCCUUUCUUUGUCCUUCGCUGCUAUUGUCACAUAUAUGUGUAUAUGUUUUCCUACCCACUUGUAUUCAGCAGUCAUGCAAGUAUCAAUGUCUAACUAAGUGAUCAGUGAUGUACAUUUGGGGCUAGAUUGUUUUGUUUUAUGUGAAAAGUAAGGGAUUGACAUAAGCAGACAUCAGAGUCACAAUUAUGGUUUUCUACUUGGAUAAUUAUGACUCAAAGGCAAGAAUCAGGAAACAGAUACAACUCAAGUGAACAACUUGUAAGGAGAUUAACAAGUGAUAAUCAGAAAUUGUCACAUUUCGGGUGGGAAUGUGGCUUAGUGGUAGAGUGCUUGCCUAGCAUGCAUGAAGCCCUGGGUUCGAUUCCUCAGUAACAUAU